CAACCCAAUGGCCGUACCUCCUCCUUCGCUCCUCCAAUCGGCUCUCCGUUUCCUCUUCCCCUUCCUCGCCGUCACCCAAUGGCAGCCGCCCACGUCGCCGUGGCUCCAGUCCCCCCUCCCCGUUCACGCCGCCGCCGCCGCCGCCUCCUCCCUCUCCGUCCGAGACUUCGGAGCCGCCGGCGACGGCCUCCACUACGACACCGCCGCGAUCCAGGCCGCCAUCGACGCCUGCCACGCCUCCGCCGGCGCCUGCCGCGUCGCCUUCCCCCCGGGGAAGUACCUGACCGCGACGGUCCGGCUCAAGUCCGGCGUGGUGCUGGACAUCGAGAGGGGAGCGACGGUGCUCGGGGGCACGAAGAUCGGGGACUACCCGGCGGAGUUCGACCGGUGGUACGUGAUACUGGCCGAGGGCGCGAGCGACGUUGGGAUCACCGGCGGCGGGGUGGUGGACGGGCAGGGGAUGAGGUUCGUGAGGAAGUUCGAGGAGAGGAAGAACGUGAUGGUCAGCUGGAACGAGACCGGGGCAUGCCUGGGCGACGAGUGUAGGCCGAGGCUGGUCGGCUUCAUCGGGUGCACGAACGUCCGGGUCUGGAACGUCAGCUUGAAUCAGCCCGCUUAUUGGUGCUUGCACAUAGUACGUUGCGUGAACACGUCGAUUCAUGAUGUUUCCAUUUAUGGAGAUUUCAACACUCCUAAUAACGAUGGGAUCGACAUAGAGGAUUCGAAUCACACGGUUAUCACGCGAUGCAAGAUCGAUACAGGAGACGACGCCAUCUGUCCGAAGACGUAUACGGGUCCUCUGUACAAUUUAAUAGCUACGGACUGUUGGAUCCGAACAAAGUCCUCUGCAAUCAAACUUGGUAGCGCAAGCUGGUUUGAUUUUGGGGGUCUGAUCUUUGACAACAUCACUAUAGUAGAUUCUCACAGAGGACUCGGGGUGCAGAUACGUGAUGGAGGAAAUGCGAAUGACAUCACCUUCUCAAACAUCAAGAUCACCACAAGGUACUACGACCCAUCAUGGUGGGGAAGAGCAGAACCGAUCUACAUAACAACCUGUCCACGUGAGUCCUGGUCGAAGGAAGGCGCAGUUUCAAACAUACGCUUCAUCAACAUCACCGCCAUUUCAGAAAACGGUGUGUUCCUCUCAGGUUCCAAGGGUGGGCAACUGAGCAAUCUGAGAUUUAGUAAUGUGAACGUGACUUACAAAAGGUGGACAAGUUAUGAGGGAGGAUUGGUCGACUACAGACCCGGAUGCCAAGGGCUGGUGAAGCACAGCAUGGCCGGGAUCAUCAUGGAACACAUCCAAGGUUUGGAAAUUGAGAACGUGAACAUGAGAUGGGCUAAUGGGAGAUCUUGGGAGUGGGACAAUCCUCUGGAUUUCAGGCCCUCAACCGUGAACGGCAUAUCUUUCCGCGACUUCCACUCGGAUUUGAACAGUCGAUGAUGUGAUCGGAGGGGCGGGAACCACAGCUCGACCUUAAGAAUUUUUCCACUCCAAUCGUGUACACUGUACUUAAAGGAUUGUAUAGCAAGGAUAUAAAUAGCCUGAGAUACACCGGUUUUCGAAAAUGCCAUCCAUCUGGAGGCUUUUGGUUUGGUCUAUUCAGGCAAAUCUAGAAUUAUCUCACUGUC